GCCAACAUGGCGGCGGACGCAGAUGAGGGGGAUUAUUUUGUGAGAGAAAUUGAGAGAAACAACGGGUGUACCCUGAAGGUGAAGCAGUGCUACUUAGGAGACGUUGGCUGUGUCGUGUGGGAUGCGGCCAUCGUUCUGGCCAAAUAUUUAGAGACGAAACAAUUUUAUGACCCGUCCUCUGGAGUGAACGUCUGGGCGGGCAAGAGGGUAGUGGAGUUAGGAGCUGGGACAGGAGUUGUUGGUCUGAUGGCAGCAACACUGGGAGCUGCAGUUACUGUGACGGACCUGGAGGACUUGCAGACCCUGCUCAGAGUGAACAUCCAGGAAAACCAGGCACUCAUCAGUAGUGGAUCAGUAACUGCCAAGGUACUGAAAUGGGGUGAAGAUGUGUCUGACUUCUGGCCUCCCCCACAUUAUGUCCUUAUGGCAGAUUGCAUCUAUUAUGAGCAGUCCAUUGUUCCACUGGUGGAGAGCUUGAAGCUGCUCUCUGGACCAGAGACCUGCAUUAUUUGCUGCUAUGAGCAGCGCACAGAGGGUGUCAACCCAAAAGUGGAAAGGCAGUUUUUUGAGUUGCUGCAAGAAAACUUCGACUGUGAGGAGAUCCCUUCAGACAAGCAAGACCCAGAGUUUAGUAGUCCAGACAUCCACAUCCUGCUCAUCCGGAGAAAAGUCUGAUGUGCCCCUAAUCGAUGUAUCUUCAUUUUUGCACUCCUGGCUCUUAUAUAUAUGACUGUGCUGGUACAGUGAUUUGAGUAAAACAAAAUGGCAAAUUAAAAAAAACAUUGUAAAAUGUAUUGUUUUCAUACACUAUUAAACCAAGUUUAUAUAAUAUCAGUUUCAUUGGUCUGUGUAAUUGUAGGGCUGUGAAGGUAGAUGGCAGACAUGUGCAAGCACAGACAUGACAGCAAAGGCUUAUCUUUAGUCAAAUGUGUUUAAGCGAGAGGGGUUCGCAAAUAGACCAGGAAGGGACUGAACCAUGUUCUUUUGGUGUUCAUUUGUAUGUUUGAGGUUGAGGAUCAGUCUUGCAAAUGUCUGUGAUCUUUUUAAAACGGUUUCAUUCAAAACACAGUGAAAGCCCAGAGUUUACAGCUCAGUAAACUGCAAACACGAGACUUACGGUGCUUUUGCUCUUGAGCAUUUCUGCUGUGCAUGACUAAAUAAACAUUGUUGCAGGUCAUUACAUUUGGAUAAUACUCAGUCACAUGUAAGAUUAAAAUUGUUGACCUUCCCCGAGAGAUGAGCAGCUACUGACGGCCAUCUUGCUGUAAGAGUGGUUUUCACUGUAACUUAAAGGAUUUCUUCUAAUUGUGAAAUAGGUAUGUCAAUUCAGACAUUGCCCAUUUUGAGCACUAGGGGGCAAUGGUUGCUUAAAUCCAAAAAAAGUAUUCAGAGGUGUGUAAAUGUUUAGUCUGUGCAAAAAACAACAACCUGCAAUUAGAGUAUUAAGCCAAACUGGUUAUCUAAUAACUUCAUUCUAAUUUAAGUUGCAAAGACAUUGUUACACUAUUAGAAUUUAUCACAUUGAGAGGGGUGAGAAAAUAA